AUGGCUGAUGCUGAGCAGCUCAGGAGGGCCAAGCUGCAUGUGGAGAAGGCCAUUAAGGAGAAGAAGAUCUUUGCAGUGCAGGGCCCUUACCCCGUCAUCCGCCGCCUGCUGCGGGCCCGGGGCUGGGUGGAGAGGAAGCUCCCCCGCAAUGGCAAACAGCUGAAGCAGCAGGCUGGCAACCAAAAGAAGUGGCAGGUGGAGAAGAGACCACACAAUAAGAGGAGCAAGGCAGAAGGGGAAGAUGAAGACAAGAAGGAAGAAAAAGAGCAGUGCAGUGAGGACUCUGAUGACCUCCAUGACCUCAUGUCCUUCCUGGUGCAGGACCAGGUGCCAAACUUCCUCUGGACCAUCUGCCUUAACACCAUUGACCAGGAGCUGCUGCAGAGGAUUGAGGUGGUGAACCGCUAUCCCCGGCUUCACGCCCUUUGCACCAAGGAGGGGCUGUGCCAAAGCCUGCAAAACUUGUCCUGGUUUGAGCAAGUCGACCUCAACACCUUUUUCCCCCGGUGCUACCGGCUGGGGAUCAUGGAGGAGCAGGAAGCCUUCAUCGAGGAUUUCUGCCUGACGGCAGCUCGCAACCUGCUCAAACUGGCUGUGGAGAAGGUAGGGGACAGGCUGGUGGGGACAGAGCAGCCCCCAAAAUCCAACAAGGUGCCAGGCUCCCCCCUGUACCCCCACCUGGUGGAGGAGGCCUUGGAGGUCUGUGAGCAGCACCUGGGCGUCCUGGGGCACCAGGACAUCGACAGGGAGACCCCGUCGCCCUGCCGGACAUGCAUCGCCUGGGACCAUUUCCUGCAGGAAUACUACCAUGUGGCACAUGAGGGGGCCAGGCUGGUGCUGAGCAAGGAGCAGCGGGAGCAGUGCCAGGGCGUGCUGCAGCGCCUGGCGGAGCAGCUGCCGCAGCUCGGCAUAGAGGGCAACCUCAAUGUCUGGAUUCUCAAGCCCAGCGCCAAAUCCCGCGGCAGGGGCAUCGUCUGCGCGACGCGGCUGGAGGAGGUGCUGGAGCUGUCGCGGAGCUGCACGGCCCCCGCGGCGCGGGUGUGCGAGUGGGUGGUGCAGAAGUACGUGGAGCAGCCGCUGACCAUCUUCGACACCAAAUUCGACAUCCGGCAAUGGUUCGUGGUGACUGACUGGAAGCCGCUGACUGUCUGGUUCUACCGAGACUGCUACCUGCGCUUCUGCUCCCAGCCCUUCUCCCUGCGCCGCUUGGAGCCCGCCAGGCACCUCUGCAACGUCUCCAUCCAGAAGCGGUACAAAACAUCACAGCCGGAUCCCCGCGUGCCCCUCGACAAGAUCUGGUCCAACAAGCAAUUCCAGGCAUACCUGGCACGGCUGGGGAGGGCGGAUGCUUGGCACCGGGUGAUGGUGCCUGGCAUGAAGGCGGCGAUCCUGAAUGCCCUGCGCUGCACCCAGGACCAGGUGGGCUCCCGCAAGGGCAGCUUUGAGCUCUUCGGGGCUGACUUUCUCAUUGGGGAAGACUGCCAGCCCUGGCUGCUGGAGAUCAACUCCUGCCCCACCAUGAGCCCUUCCUCGGCGGUGACCCGCCGGCUCUGCGCCAAUGUCCAGCGGGACACGCUGCGCCUCGUGCUCGACCGCAAGGACAACCCGUCCUGUCCCAUUGGUGCCUUUGAGCUCCUCUACAAGGAGGCAGCCAUGCCCACAUGUCUGCAUGUAGGGCUGAAGCUGAUGGUCGAAGGCUGUUCCCUGAAGAAGCCCCGGCCGGCUCGAUCCCAGGACAAGCCCCCUGCACCCUCAGGGGACAGAGCCACCGAGGUCCCCCGGACCUCCAGCCAGGCCAGCACGCCUGCCUGCGCUGUAACAGAGCACUGGGACCCCGGCUCCUGCCUGGGACUGAAGAAGCCUACCGUCAGCUCCCAAGAGGAUGCAGAAGACCAGGGACACGCGAACGAGAGGAGGGUACUGCUCCGCAGUACCCACCUCAACCUGCACACCUGCUUUAACAGACUUUUGUGA